UGGCGUGCCACCAAACACGCACUGUCCCUUAUAAUAUAGCAUAACACACAACACAUAUACAUACAUAGAACAAAAUUAGUAAGAACCAUUGGUAUUGGAAUAUUAACAUAUCUAUAGUUUUAUUAUUGAGAUUUUUCAACUUUCUUUGCAAUAUACAAAAAUCUAUCUAUCAAUUCAACAACACAAUACAGUUUUUCCAUCCUUUCAUUCAUCUCUGUAGGCACUCGCUCAAGGGUAAUGGGGCAACAAGAAUUAAUUAAGGCAUCUCCAUCACGGUCGUUUCGCCUUCGGAGUCCGAGUCUUAACUCGCUUCGACUCCGGCGAAUUUUUGACAUGUUCGACAAAAACGGUGAUUCUAUGAUAACUGUAGAGGAAAUAAACCAGGCGCUUAACCUGUUGGGAUUGGAAGCUGAGUUCAAAGAGCUUGAAUCCAUGAUCAAAUCGUACAUAAAGCCAGGCAACGUAGGACUAGCAUACGAAGAUUUCGUGGCAUUGCACGAGUCGCUAGGGGAAACAUAUUUUGGUGCGCUUGACGAAAAGGAAGAGGAAACACAAAAUGAAGAUUUAUGGGAAGCAUUCAAGGUGUUUGAUGAAAAUGGUGAUGGUUACAUUUCAGCUAAAGAAUUACAAGUAGUGUUGGGUAAGCUUGGACUUGUGGAAGGGAACUUGAUUGAUAAUGUUCAAAAAAUGAUUGUGUCUGUUGAUACCAACCAUGAUGGUCGUGUUGAUUUCUGUGAAUUUAAGAAUAUGAUGCGCACCACUAUUGUCCGUGGCUAGUUCUUAACCAUAUAUUGUGUGCUUUCAAUCUCUUGUUGUAAUUUUGGAGUAUAUUCCUUGUAUUGUAGUCAUGCUUAUUUUAUUAGGUUUAGUUUUGGUUUAUAUUGUGGGUAUAUAUAUAUGAUAAUUACUAUUGAUGGAUGUUGAUCUAUGUUCUUUCUUAAUUUGUACAAUUGUACCAUAAAAAAAUUAUGAGUGUCA